AUGUCGUCCUCGUCAUCCAUGAACAAGUACUGGAUCCCUCAUUUGGAUAUCCACAAGAAGGUCAUCACCCAGGAACUUCAGUAUUAUCUCGGGCCUGAGGCAACAGUGAGGCCCUAUACUCGCGAAGGAGAGGAUGGCUUUCUGAUCACCACACCAGGGCCUUGCCUAACAGAUGAGCAAAUAGACGACAUCUGCGUCAAGUCCAAAGACAUGUGGGAGAGACAGGCAGCGGCAAGGUCAUCCGGCAGCUCAAGCAAGCCUUUGAAGCGACCGCUUCACCAGCCAGUCGUCAUAUCCAAGGCGGGCGCCGGUGAAUCGCCCAGGAGGAGAAGGGAGGACCGGAGGCGCCACGAUCCUGGGAGCCGACGCGACGAGAAACGCCGAAAUUGA